AUGACCGGGAACAAAAGGGUCGUCCCGGGAAGCCGGCUCGGACGCAGCAGCGGAACGCAGGGCAGCCAGGCCAAGGCCCACACCUUCGUUUAUGCAGCUCUCCUCAUCGACUAUCUCCUCGAAUUUCGCGCCGUGCUUCAGCACAGCAUCAUCUCGUCGCAGACUGGUCCGUCCAGGCUUCCCGAUCCCGCCGCAAUUCACGACGAGCUCUUUGUCUGCCUCUUUGACGCCUUCCUGUUCUCUUCCUUUCGACUCGACUUGUGUCAUCACUGGGAAGCGUCAUCUUCGGCUGGAGGAACGAGUGCUCAGAAACGCCAACGGUUCAUCACUUCGACGGAUCGUCCGUUGCUAACGACUUGGCCAACGUUUGGCGUCGAAAAGGCCUCCAACGUCACUGCCCCUGGAUCCCUCAGUGCUUCUGGCGCACUCUCUGGCUCCACAUCGGCCGGCACCAUCAGUCUACCUCAGGGUCUCCCCUGA